GCUUUUUCAUUGGUGGAGCCCUCGGAAAGAUGGUGGACGUAGUUUGCGACAACUUCACGGCUCUCCUUCCGCGUAUAGAGCAGUGCAUAAGGGAGUGUGACUUCGUAGCUGUAGAUACAGAAUUCACAGGUCUCCAUGCCACCAGUGAAGAUGAAGUCAGCUUGUUCGAUACUAUGGAACAAAGGUACGGAAAGCUGAAGAAAUUUGCGGAAAAAUUCAUCAUCUGUCAACUAGGGCUGGCUAUGUUUACCAACGAUGCUAAAAGCACCUACAAAUAUGUGGCACACUCUUUCAAUUUCUACGUGUGCCCCAGACCCAAAGGAAAUAUGGACGUUAGAUUCUCAUUUCAGGCCUCAAACGUAGACUUUCUUUGUGACCACAACUUCAAUUUCAACAAGAUGUUCUAUGAGGGUGUCCACUACUUGAGCAGUCGGCAGGAGAAGCUGGUCAGAGCUGAGGACGAGUCACUGGACGACAAGGAGGUGGAGGAAAUGUUGGGACUGACAAAAGUGUUCCGGAUUCUGGAGAGAGCUGGAAAGCUGCACACAAUGUCCUGCCCACCGAACCUCCUGGAGAAGCCACUGGUGGGGCACAACAUGCUGUGCGACCUUGCUCUCAUCUACCAGAGCUUCUGCCAGCCUCUGCCAGAAACCUAUGAGGAGUUCAAGGCAGAGAUACACCAGAUAUUCCCUGUUAUUAUAGACACCAAACACCUCUGCUUUGCUGUUCAGAAGAGAUUGUCGCAGACUAAACUGCUGGAGUUCACCAGUUUGACAGAUCUCUGCGGUGCACUGGGCAGUCAGAGAGGAACUUUCUAUGCCCUCUUCUCACCAGAGGUAUCUCACGGGGAACAGUGCCACAGAUACAGUGGCGAACGGGUUUUUCACGAAGCUGGGUUCGAUGCCUACUGUGCUGGAUUUGGUCAGUUUUUUGAGAUCAUUCGUGAUCUGACGCUUGUCGUGUCUGUAUUCUAGUGUUCCUGAGAGUCGCCCAUCUCUUGGCCAUGAAAAACGUCAAGUGAGAUACUAGCGCCUCAGAACUGAUCUCGAAAUGCAGAGACAGUCAUGUGAGUGGCUAUAAUACUAUAUACUGCAGGUCCACUGAAGCACAGGCUAUUCAUCUAAGGAGGUACUUCAAACUGAUGGAACCAUUUAUCAACAGAAUCAACCUGAUUCGAGGCCCCAUCCACUACAUAGAUCUGGUUGCAAGGGACCCUCCACUGAUCAGGUCUCCCUGGCUAGUUGUGAGCACUCCCGACAGAUCUCAGCUCACUCUCCAAUUGCUGCAGAAAGAGUUGAAUUGUGUAAUGGAUGUGCGCCAACUCACCCCCAUACUCGGCCGUCAUUGUUGUCAGCUCUAGGAGGAGAGCCGAAGAGCUGAUGAAGGAGCUAGACCAGGAGAAGCUCAGAAUCAGAAAAUACUGCUUGACAGAUUCUCCGCUCAUGGCUAGAAUCAUAGGGCUGGGAUCAUUGACUGUUGCUGCUGCAGUUAUUGGAACAGUCGUCGCUGUGUACUGGUCGAGAACUCGCUCUUUAUGAUGUCAUUUGAUAUAGAAAAGGGGGCGGAGCUGGUGGUGCGCGUCAUUUAGACUCAUGCAGCGUUCUCGCAGACGCGGGGGGAGCAGGUGCUUGGUUUUGGGACCCCGGGGAGCCGGGAAAUCGCUGCUGGUUAGGAAACUGAAGUCCCUGGAGAGAGAAAAGGGACGAGGAAGAGAGAUAGAAGACUCGGGGGCUACGCGAGAGGUGCCCCCGCAGCCUACCGUGGGAACCUCAGUGGAAGAGCUGCAACUGGGAAAGAACGUCAGUUGUCUUGUGAAGGAAUACGGCGGGGCUAUGGCGCCUGUUUGGAGCGCGGCGUACUCCGACUGUGACUUGGUGGUGUACGUCAUCGACGCCACAAAUUGCACGCAGACAUCCGCGGCUACCGUCCUCCUGCUAGACGUACUGAGACACGAGGCGUUGAAAGAAAAGCCUUUCCUACUCGUCUUCAACAAGCUGGACCGCCAAUGCCCCAUGAACCUGACUGAAUUCAAGACUGUAAUGAGACUGGGUGACAUACUACGGCAUGUCACCCAAAACGUUCAGCUGGUGGAGGGAAGUUGUGUAGAAGGAUCUUUGUUAGUCAGGCAGGUGCACGAGUGGCUCUUUCACUCAACAAACCUUAUUAUUUCAGG